AGCAUAAGAUGUCAGGGGAGGAGGACUUUUACUUGUUCCAGAAUGCAUCCUCAGUGGGGCCCUGGGAUGGGCCUCAGUAUCACAUUGCCCCUGUCUGGGCCCUCCAUCUCCAGGCAGCCUUCAUAGGCUUUGUCUUUUUUGCAGGAACCCCACUCAAUGCCACAGUGCUGGUGGCCACACUGCAUUACAAAAAGUUGCGGCAGCCCCUCAACUAUAUCCUGGUCAAUGUAUCCUUGGGGGGCUUCCUCUUCUGCAUCUUCUCCGUCUCCACUGUCUUCAUCACCAGCUGUCAUGGAUACUUCCUCUUUGGCCGCCAUGUUUGUGCUUUGGAGGCCUUCCUGGGCUCAGUAGCAGGUCUGGUGACAGGCUGGUCACUGGCUUUCCUAGCUUUUGAGUGCUACAUUGUCAUCUGUAACGCCUUCAGUAACUUCCGCUUCAGCUCAAAGCAUGCACUGAUGGUGGUUCUGACUACUUGGAUCAUCGGGAUUGGGGUCUGCAUCCCACCCUUCUUUGGCUGGAGCAGGUUCAUUCCUGAGGGCCUGCAGUGCUCCUGUGGCCCCGGCUGGUACACCGUGGGCACCAAAUAUCGAAGCGAAUACUACACCAGGUUCCUCUUCCUCUUCUGUUUUAUCAUGCCUCUCUUGCUCACCUGCUUCUCCUACUGUCAGUUGCUGAGGACUCUCAGAGAUGUGGCGGCUCAGCAGCAGGAGUCAGCUACCACCCAGAAGGCUGAGAGGGAGGUGAGCUGCUUGGUGGUGGUGAUGGUGGGAGCCUUCUGUCUCUGCUAUGUGCCCUAUGCUGCCCUGGCCAUGUACAUGGUCAACAACCGUAACCAUGGGCUGGACUUGUGGCUUGUCACCAUCCCUGCCUUCUUUUCGAAGAGCUCAUGUGUCUACAAUCCCAUUAUCUACUGCUUCAUGAACAAGCAGUUCCGAGCCUGCAUCCUGGAGAUGGUGCGCAGGAAGCCCAUGACAGAUGAGUUCAACAUGUCCAGCUCUCAGAAAACAGAAGUUUCCACUGUCUCUUCUAGCAAAGUUGGCCCCAACUAAGGACCCUCUUUUGGCCUAUUAGCAGCAACCAGAGCUUCACAUUUAAGCUGCUAUUCCCAGAUGGGGCUACUUCAGAUCAUUUCAGCAGUCACCAGUUUCUACUUCAGAGGUGCCCAUCAGAGCACUUGGGGAACCGUAGGAAAAUGGCUGGUUUUUCGGUGAAUGAGAACACUUUCCUUUUCAGUAAUUGUUUCCCUCUUACUGGGAUCUGAGAUGACAUAUCCUGAGAUACAAGGGAGAUGGAAAGAAAAAAGAAACAAACCCCAAGCACCCAUCCGUGAGUUUACAAGAACAUCCUUAUACUGUUUCUGACAAUAGCUGUUAAGAGCCUUGGCUGGGGCCACCAUGGACAAAGCUGAACCAGCUCAGACACGCAUCUUCACAUGAAGUAUUCUGGGUGUUCUCCCCUCCAUUUGACUAAUCGAACGCAUCUGUUUUAAGUUGUUUAUUGAUUAAAGUUAAUGGUUUAAAAUUCCAUUGAUGUCUUCAAAAUGAACUGGCAUGUUUCAAUAUCAUUUAUAAACCAAAACAAAGCUGUUUUACCUUACACACCCUUCUCCCUCCAGGAAAAGAGUGCAUUUGAAAUAAAAAUCAAGAUAGAUGUGUGAACAACUAUAUACAAGAAAUGGUGUGUUGGUAUCAGGUAAUUAUGUAAUGGAAAGCAGAGAGGGUUGUCUCUAGAAGGAAGCUAGAGCUCAGAAACAGGAGGAAAGGACUGAGCAGGAUGGAAGGAGGUAGCACUUUCAGGGUGGGAAGGAGUACAUGGCGAACUUUCUAGGGGAGUGCCCUUUUCUGUGACAUCCUUUUUUUUUUUUUUUUUGAGACGGUCUCCCUGUAGCCCUAGCUGGCCUGGAAGUCACUAUGUAGACCACGCAGGCCUUGAAUUCACACAGAUCCACCUGCCUCUGCCUCCCAAAUGCUGGGACUACAGAUGUGUGCCACCACACUUAGCUUCUGUGACAUCUUAUAACUCACAAUUUUAAGUCAGAAUUCCAUUUCUAAGAGAAUGAAAGACACACAUGCCAACGAAUGUAAACAGUUUUAUUCAGAAACAGAUAGGUACCUGUUUGCAUUAUAGAAUAUAAAACUUGGUUUACACUCUAUAAAAAAUAAACAAUAUCCAAAUUCAAGGGAGCUCGCAUUCACAGAGCACACCCUGUGAGUGUGCAGCCACUGCUCAAUGUCUCAGACUGGAUUUAAAUCAGAAACCAAAACCCAAACCCCAAUACUCUGGGGGCCAACAGAGAUGAGAGUACAGUGCUUGCUGCUGAGCACCCAUGUCCAAAAUCUGCCAUCCUAGCAGAUUUGGUCUGCUGUUAAGUGUGACUUCCACAUCAGGCUUGGGCUCUGUGUACCUAAGAGAGCCUGGAGGCCCUCUUGUCACAUGUGUAUGAUACACCCUCUCUAGCCAGGGCUGGUGGCAAUAUCUCUGGUUUUCCUUAACAAUAGAAAGGAGUAGGGGAUCUGGAAGGCAGACAAUGUUCAUGUUCUAUAUUGGGGUUAAACUUAAGAGUGUAUCUGUUAUCAAGAGCUUGAUGCAAUGGCUGGGGUGAAGUUACAGGACACCUGGCUCUUUACCACACCAAGCAGCCCACCUCAACAGGAUUGUGGAAGACCAAAGGUAGGCCUAGGUUCAAAUACGACCUCACCCAGCACCACCUGAAUGUAUUAUCCAGAGAUACAGGAAAUAAUAAAGUUAUACAUACAUAUAUUUAUCUUAGUAACCUGAGGGUUAAGACUUAGAAUACAAUAAUUCUUCAGAAGCCCAUCAGUGAGUGAGAAUAAAAUGGACAGUUCAUGUUACACAAAACAUGGGUAGAUGAAGUCGGCAACAUAUGGGGGCUUUGAUAAGGAUUGGCAAUGUGAUGACCCACAACCCCUUCACCCUCCUCGCCCCCUUUUUGUGUCAGAGAGAAAAGGAGAUGACAGAUGGGGUAGAAGGGUUAAAGGCAGGAAGGGUGAGGAGUGGUCCUCAAACCAAAGAGCCUCCUCUCUAGGUUCUUCCAUCCUCCAGUCUGACCCAAGCUCUGGUGGACGAGAGGCCUGGGAGCGAGUGGUUUGCACUCUGAGGUAUGAGGAUCCCUGGUCAAGUCAGCAGCAUGUGUUUUUUGGAAACCAGCCCACAAGAUAAGAACACUGCAACCAAGCUUGUAACUAAUACUGCUAUUUAGCCACUGUCCAAAAGAGAAGA